AUGACGGAUGAUGUGGACUCUGGAAUGCCGGAACAGCCAAAGAAGACGUACUCGCAGGCCUACGCAGCUGAUUGGGUUUCUAUAAGGGAUGAGGAAGAAGAGUUCGGUUGGUGGCUUGGGGAAGGUUGGAAGAACAAACUACAAGUAGAACAAACACCUAGAGGCCCGAACAUCAUUGUACUGCCUGAGUUUCAAAGGAAGCUUGAGAAAAAAUGGAGACUCACGUUGAUUGUUAGACUAUUGGGUCAAAUGGUCAGAGAGGAUUAUCUGGGUCAAAAACUAAAGAAGCUUUGGGCAAGCAAAGGUAGUGUGGAAAUGUUAGAGUUUGGAUCGGGAUAUUUUAUUGUCAACUUUACGCAUGAAGAUGACUAUGAAUAUGCAUUAACGGAAGGCACGUGGCUCAUCUUGGACCACUACCUUAUGGUUCAACCAGGAAAGCUGGACUUUGAUCCAAAUAAGGAAGAAGUAUCAAGGAUCGCAGCAUGGGUGAGGAUACCAAAGUUCCCUAUGGAUUAUUAUGACCAAGGGAUCUUAUUCGUGGUGGGUAGUCAGAUUAGGAGAGUGCUUAGAGUAGAUACGAACACGUUACAUUGGUCAAAAGCACGCUUCACUCGACUUUGUGUAGAACUCGACUUGAGAAGCCCUCUGGUACUAGUGAUCUUGAUUAAUGGUAAGGAGAAGAAAGUUGUCUAUGAAGGCUUGCACCUUAUAUGCUUUAAAUGUGGGAAGUAUGGCUAUGAUCUGGACCAUUGUCCUUCCAACACUAUGAACUAG